AAAUCUUCAAGCCACAAACAAAAAAAACAAAUCAUAAACUCUACAACUAGAGAGACGACUGUACUAAUCUGUGUGGAGAUCUAAGUAAGGUUCUCAGAUGGAAGUUACCGACGAACUAAUCACGGACAUGGUUCGUGUUAAGCUUGGCGGAUGGUCAAAAGAUGAACAAGGAGUGAGGAGAUUCGCUGGAACGGAGGGACAGAUGGGGAGGUACAUUCGGUUCAGGGAAGGAGACGGUGUUGAAGCAGCAAAAACAAAGGUCAUUGAAGAGUUUAGCAUCAACACUAGCAUGGAGAAAAUCGAACUUACGUAUGAGAUGCCUGAAUGGAUGGAUGUCGACGGUUCUGUCAAGCCUGUCCCUAUUCACAUUGUAUCCGACGACGACAUGGACAUGUUCCUAGCUAUGCGGGUAGACAUCAACGAAAUGAAACUCUUCGUGGUCCCAAUGGCGUUGAACAUGACCCUGGAAAUCGAUGGGUUAAAAGUGGUCCCUCUAAUGGACGAGUUCGCGUUUGGUGAGGUUAUGAGUAAGGAGGAGCUGGAGAAAGAAAAAAGGCAGCGUCUUGACAAAGAAGUCGGUGACAACAUCAUCUGCUCCCAAGUUCAAAGAGAACACGUUGGUGACAGCAACGACGGACCACUGGGCUGGAUAGGGAAUUCUUACGCAAGCAGCGGUUUCGCAACACUUUCAGCAGCUUUGAGGCAUUACAGGACCGUAACUGUGGCUCCACAACACCAAGGUUCACCGGUCAGUGUCCUCGAACCUCAAAGCAGCUCUUCAACCGACGAUAUCCGGGUAACACGCUUAACCAGAGAUCUGUUCUCUGAUUUUGAAAGAGCUGCUGACGGAUCAAGCGGGGAUAUCGGCGACAACUCGGAGCAACAAAACGGAGCAGCAACUCAGAGUGAAGUACCAGAACGCAUCAAUGGACGCGUAUUCAAGAACAGAGAUGAUUGCAGGGUUAAAAUUGCGGUCCACGCUAUAAACAGGAAGUUCAGCUACCGUAAUCACCGCACCACUAACGAUGUAGUGAUCGUACGAUGUGUGUCAGAUGCUUGCCCCUGGAGAGUGUACUGCUUGCGGUUGGAUGAGUCCGAAUAUUUUGAAAUAAGAACUGCCCAUUUGGAACAUACAUGUCCAGUAGAAACAAGAAGUCAAUACCCACGCCAAGCUACGACAUCGGUGAUUUCACAAAUCAUGAAGUCAAAGUACGCAGGAAGCGGAGCAAGGCCGACGCCGGUGGCAAUAAGGCGAGCUCUGAUGGAAGAAUAUAGUGUGAACGUCUCCUACUGGAAGGCUUGGCGUUCAAGGGAGCUUGCCAUGGACUUGGCCAAAGGAUCCCCAAAUGGGAGUUACGGUAUCCUCCCCAGCUACCUUCACAUGUUGUCAAGGGCAAACGUAGGAACCGUCACCGAUUUGCACACCGAGGUGGACAUUGAUGGCGACAAUAGGAAUGUGGCUACAAAGUUUAAGAAGAGAAUGCUCGCCGGCCUUAUUUCCAAGGCAGCUAGAGCUUACAGGAAGACAACAUUUUACGAGUUCUUUGAGGAAAUUGAGAGAGCUUCCCCCGGAUGCGCAGAAUAUUUGAUGGUUAUUGGGUUAGAACAUUGGACAAGGUCACACUGCUAUGGUCAAAGGUACAACAUCAUGACUUCGAACGUUGCCGAGUCACUCAAUGCAGUCCUCAAAGAGGCACGAGAGCUGCCAAUAGUGACUACCCUAGAGUACAUCAGAGGUACUCUAAUGACUUGGUUUGAGAAGCGUAGGGAAAAAGCAACCCAACACGAAAAGCCGCUUACACCAAAGGUGGAAGAAAUUGUUCAAAGGGACUAUGAACGGUCCACAUGUUACGACGUCGCAAAGAUCAACAACGAGCAAUACGAGAUAAAGACCACAACAGGUCUAUCGUAUGUUGUGGAUAUCCAAAAAAGGACAUGCACCUGCGAGGAGUUCAACUUGCUACAAAUUCCUUGCAGCCACGCAAUUGCAGCCGCGAUACGUUGUGACAUGAGUGUGCCAAUGUUGGCAGCUCCCCAGUACGGAAGCUUCUUUUGGAGUUUGGCUUACAAUGGCAGUAUCCAUCCCGUCCCCAACUUAAGCACUUUACGUGAGGUGCCAGACGGAAUUGCUACAUUGACAGUCCUUCCUCCACUUACCAGAAGGCCGCCAGGGCAACAGUUGACUACGGGGUCGGAAGGCGGCUCAAGCUCGACGGUUCAAGAGUUCGGCAAUGAGAUGACAGCUGAAGGUUAUGAAUGCGACUGCGGGAAGCAGACAUUAAUCUUCCAAGCGUGGACGGACGCAAAUCCAGGCCGACGUUUCUAUAGGUGUGGUGCGGGUUGGAGAAGCGAAUGUAACCACUUCCGAUGGAUAGACCUUGAGAAGCCACAUGGAUGGCAGAAACAAGCACUUUUGGAAGCAAGGGACUUGAUCAAAGCACAAGAUGCAGAACUUAAGAGACUUAGGGAGAGUCAAGCUGAAGGAAUCGAAAACUACGCCGGUGAGGUAAGUAUAGAAUAUCAGAAAAAAAUGGAGGACUUGGAGAAGGAAAAAAACGCUUUAGAAAGCGAUUUGAAAGCAAGCAAGGAGAAGGAACAAACGAUCCGCGAAGUACUCCUAAUUUCAUGGAUAGGAUUUAUUUGUGUCUUCGCGACCGUCGUCCAUGCCUUGAAGUAAGCCAUUAUUUGAUAAUAUAGAUGUCUAAUCCGUUAUGUAGCUUGUAUUCAAUGAUAGUACUUGGGAUGUAUGAAUCGAGUAAAUUACAUAUUCCUGA